AAGAACAUCGUUUAGGACUCCUCUGAAACAAACAUGAAUUACAUCGUGUUCGCCUUUCUGCUUGGAGCAUGCGGAGUGAAUGGUGCUACGUGGCGUCCUAACGUAUCUCUAGACGAUAUCAGAGACUUUUUGAACACAACGGGAACAAUAUAUGUAUAUUCAACAAGUAACCCUAAUUACAUGUAUGACUACAGUGACUCUGAUUACAUGGAUGACAGCGAUGAAGAAGUGAAGCCGUCAUGUAUGCAAUACCAGCCAAAACUUGAAGAAACUGACAAAUAUGAAUUCAACCUAUCGUAUAUAUCAAACUUUACGUGGCACACAAAAGAUAUUAGCGUAAAACUGGGAGUGACAGAAGGUCUCGGGACGCCCUAUAUGAUGGAAGUGUGGCUGGAAGUUCUUCCAGGUACAGGAGGUACUGGAGCGCCUCCUAGCGACAUCGAAGCAAAAUGUGGAUCAAAAGAACUUCGUUUGAGAGUCUAUGACAGAGAAUCUGGAUGCGCCCUCUUUUAUUACGUACAAUCUAACGAGAGAAGAUUUCUCGACGGCACUGCACACAACGACGACCUCAGCGCUGCCGAGAAAUUCAACUACUUGAGCACGCUUGUCACUGGAACUGCCGCUGCAGCCAUUUCCGCACUCUAG